AUGAAGAGAAUCCACAAAAACACCUGCCUCCGAUUUCGACCGCGUACAACUGAAAAAGACUAUAUCGAUAUCCGAAAUCAACGGGGUGAGGGAUGCUACACCAGUGUCGGACGUGUAGGCGGCAGAGGGAUUCUUAUGCUUGAAGCGAAUGCGCAAGAAACUUGUAUCGAGCCGCAGAUUGUCUUACACGAGUUGAUGCACGUAAUCGGUCUAUGGCACGAACAUAUGCGAGCUGAUCGCGACAAAUACAUCAAAGUAUUGUACCAUAACAUACCUGAAAACUACUGGAGCCAAUUCGAAAAGGUUACAUCUUACGAAGCCACCACGUAUAAUGUACCGUAUGACUACAAGUCUGUGAUGCACUACGGGAAGAGAGCAUUUGCAUAUCCGGGUAGAAUCAGCAUGAAGACGGUCGAUCCCAAAUAUCAGGAUGUAAUCGGUCGUCAGAAAGACGCCUCACCAAACGAUUACCGUAAGAUAUGUCAGAUCUACGGCUGUAGUACCUGUAUGGGUGGUAAAACGGAUGAGAGCGGUAAAGGCGGUAAACCGGAUCAGAGCGGUGGCGAUGGCAAAACGGAUCAGAGCGGCGGCGACGAAGAAAACAAUGAUUACGAGGAUGUUGAGGACGGUGAUGAAGUCACGCAAGUUCCCAUCGUAACACCACCUCACGGUUAG